GAUUUACAGAAUAGAGACCAGUCUUAAUCGCAUACAUUAUCACAGCAAAAACCAGUCAAUCUCAAAGACCAACAUGACUGAACAAGCCGACAUAUCAAUGGAGGGCACCUCGAGUGCACCAAAGGUGAAAAAGGCUCACGAAUUAGUUACUGCUACAAUCAAGGCACCACGUUAUUCCUAUGCACAUCUCGAGCUUUUCAGUGAUUCACCGGAUGCUGAAGAUCUUGAUGCUCUUCAAGUACGGUCCUACUGUACAUCCGCCCUGAAGCAGUUUCUAGGCGCUACGGGUGUCGGAAUUCCCCUGGAUAUCCUCAAGGUAGAGGGCAAGGACUGCUGGUUGAGAGUACCACGAGAUGAUCUAGGAGCAUUUUCGGCAGCUAUUACAGCCUGGCAAGGCUCAUACCAGGACGGGAUCCAUUCUUCAUUUCGAAUACGAGGAUGCUCCGACUGGCUUGGUGCCUUGGUUGGUAGAGCCGGAGAAGACAAGAUCUGGAGUGGUUGAAGUUUGAGACCAAGUCACCAAUACGCUGAGAAAUGAAAUGUGCUAAAAGUUCAUUUUUCAUUGGUAUCGCCAAUAUGGUAUAGAGUCCCGUUUCCUCUCCUAUAUCCCCGCAACGCCCAUGCUUCCAUGACCAUGAAGUGCCAUAUAUGCAAAAAUGCCCAUGAUAUGCCACCAUUGAUAGAAGCUCAGCAUGUGGAAAUACGCAAAUUGAAUUCACUCUU